AUGAUCGCCCGAACCCUCGUUUUCCUCCAGGAGCAAAGCAGAAGAGCAGGCACAUACUUGAUAUAUGGCAGCUUGAAAGCCUCCAAUGUAUUCAUCACCCGAGAUGGCAUUGUUCAGCUAGCUAGCUUUGGCAACGCAGUCCUGCCUGCCAAGCGUAGUGUGGAUAAUAGUAACCGCGAUCGUCAGGAUCUCGGAGCUCUCGCGAGCCACAUGUUUUCUCGGGAUCUAGAUGGGCAGGUCGGUGGUGUGAUGCAACAAAAGAUGCUCGCCAUUACUCCGGAAGGGAAAAGCUUAGACGUCAAGUUCGAGCCGUCCCCGCAGUUUGUUGACUUUCUGGAGCUGUGCUUCCGCGCGACUGACGUGCCUAUGCUGGAAACGGUGCAGCGGCACCCAUUUCUACAGGGCGCCAAUCGUCGAUCACUCAUCCCACUGCUUAUUAACGCGGAGCGGACUGUCUCACGCCACUGCUUCUCUUUAGCGGCCGCGCCGUAA